AUGCUUUUCGUGACUUCUUUUCAUUACAUUUCCCAACCAAGCCAACACAUUUUUCCGAACACCAUUUGAAUCGUGCUCCACACCGUCAACAACCUCAAAUGACGUCUCUAUUCCAUGCUCCUCCCAGUUACUUUUCAACUCUCGCAAACCAUCCAGCCUUCCUCCCACUCGCGGCGUCAAAUCUUCAUCGUCGCCAACUGCCUCAUAUACCCAGUCCCAGAAACCACCAGGAGUAUCUUCUUUGUUAUCAUCACCGCCGACGAUCAUUUGAACGGGCACUUGGGUCAUCGCCGACACAUUGAGCGAAAUACCGAAAACAUCCUUGAUAUCCGCAGUACCUUUGGGCCACGCCUUGGUGUCAUCGAUAAUGGUGAUAUGACCGGGAGCACCAACACUGGCCGCAAUGAUACGCUCAGGAUAGAGAUAUAAAAAUCGGGAGCGUGUAAGAUGAGUUUGCGGGGUCCGGGUUGUAAAGAGUUGGUGGGAUGUAUAACGCGAAGGAGAGACGAGGGUCCGAGGGAAGACGUCUUUGGGGAACAGAUCCAACAAAGUGGGCAUACUCGAGAUAUUCGGGCGGGAUGUCCCGAGUCGUGAGGUCGACGCCUGUAGACUUGGUGGCAAGAGCACCACUACCACCGAAAAGGUGUGCGAGUGCUGCCAUAGUCCGGAACUUGGAGAAGUGCAUUGCUAAGUUUUCGAACGAAUGUAUCAGGCUGAUGAGGCUGAUGUUUCCAUAAGCACUGCGACAUGAAAUGAUAUACUGUCCAGUUCAACAUGGUGUAAUGCGAUCUUCGCUUUCACGGCCGAAGCUUUGUAGAAUGUGAUGAAGAUAUGUAUUGAUGUCGAUCGGCGGGUGGUGAUCCUUCUAGGUCGUGCAGCUCAAAGUACACGCCUUCGAGGUUUUCACGCAUGAACGUCUUUGGGAUCUUGCCCUGACUGAUCUACAGCGUUUCCCCGCACUGUCAACGCCUUGGCUAAGUCCUCCAGAAGCUUGUAUUACGCAGCGGGCUGGAAUGUUGGAGCUAGAUGCGAGUUUCGGCUCACAAUGCGGAGUCGGGUCUAUCUAUGGGCAGAGUAGACCCGUGUCAUGACGAAUGAGGUGGAGUGCUCUGGGGCUGUGAAUCAGUUGGUCUGGCUUUCUGGGUCUAUCGGGAAGCUAUAUUCGUCAUGAUAUUUCGAAACUAUUUUUUCGUCCGACACUUUAGCGAUAAAUUGAAUGCCCGAUCGUUCAUUUUCGAAGUCGCACCAAGUUCACACCGUAUGCCAAAUUAAAUGUCCCGAACCAUGGCUCUCAACCGGAACAAGAAUGACUUGAAAAAUGCUCGAGUAAUACAUGGGGAGGGGGGUUGUCCCUAACUCAAGCAGUGAAUAGUGCUAGACGUUUCAGUCACACACCAAAAAUUGUACAAUCGGUCUCCGGUAAAUGUUCUUGGAGAACAUUUGCCUUCUUCCGAAUAGCACAGGGCCAUUCAGCAGGAGGUGGGAGUAAAAACUCACCUUUUUCCCUUGUCAUAAUUGUGAAUUGAGUAAGACGCAGGUGUGUAAUAAUUCAAGAUGUAUAAUAAAGACAGUAUAACCCCCCUAGCAUGUUUGUAAAAGGCCACGAAGGUAGAUUUUAGUAACUGUUGCUUUUUCGCAUUCGCACCGAUACAACCACUAUUCUU